AUGCCGUCCCCGCCUCCACCCCCGCCUAUGGGGCAGCAACCAGAUCCCACUUACCACUUUGAGAAUUACGAAAACGGAAAGCCGAAAUGGUCGCCUGGUAUAGACCACCAGCGAGACUACCGCGAAUAUCGCGACAAUCGCCGCGUAGACCAUAGACGCCCUCGUAAAGACAGACGCGAAGACGAUGCGCCGCCGCCGUAUCCCACCGGCCCUCCAACUGGCGCACCGACUGGUCCACCGUCUGGACCCCCACGCGAUGCUCGCCCCCGUCGUCCCCGCAGAGAGCCUUCCUACUCCUCAGACGAGUCCGACUCCCCACCCCCACCACGACGACGACACCGCCAAGAACGACCCCGUCCAGUCCGCGAGGACACAUACGACUCGUACGACGAGCACUACCCGCCCCGUCGACCUAAAGAAGAUGUGCGUCCAGCCCGCGAUGGCUACAAGUCAGAAGGCUACAAAUCCGACCGACGACGCAGAGACAAAGACCCAUACUACGACGAGCGCGAUCGCCGUGACAAGCCUCGCGGUGACCGAGAGCGCAGACAUCGCGAUGAUCGUUACGACGACCGCUACGACGACAUGUUCAACAGCAAACCUCGUCGUGACUCUCGCUACGAUGAUGGAGGUGGUCGCGACAGGCGCAGCCGUUAUGAUGAUGACGACCGUCAUGGCGAUCGUCGCAAGAGCGGUAGAGACGCGGGCAAGCCUGGAAAACCUGGUCAGCCUGAGUGGCAGAGGCAGGCUAUGGGCAUGUUCAAGGACUACGCUCUCCCUAUCAUCAAGAAGGAGGGUGCCAAGUAUGUCCAGAAGCAGAUGGCGAAUGGCUUCGGAAGACGUUGAGGCAUGUGAGACGACACUUGUGUGGUUAUGACUUGGGAAUGUUACGGAUUAACGGAUUAUGUUUUAGAAUGCACUUUCCUUUACCCACGAUUUGAUGAGCGGUUUAUGGUUUUGGCGUUUAUGGUAUGAUUCACACUAUCACUUCUCAUUUGUGGGUUGUCGAGAGGUUCUUGUCAAGGUGACGGAGGAAAGGAAAGAAAGAAGGAACGGAGGGGACUUGGUAGAUUUAUAUAGGUAGAGAGGGUGCGGUAUUUUGGUUGUGGUCUGUGCUUGUCACGCGGUAGGCUACCAUGACGUGAUUGUUUUGAUUGUUUGCACCCCCUCUGGUGGUCACGAUGUAGGUAAAUCUGACAGGACUAUGACGUUGCCA